AUGAUAUAUGGGUUUGGUGGGAGGGAACUGGGAAUGUCAUCAAGUGCGUUUAACAUCGAUUGUAGAUCGCACACCGUGCAACCACUCCCCAACAUGCCUAUACCCAUGACUAAUACAGUUGCUGGCUUUCUCGACGGGAAAGUUUACGUACUUGGAAACUGCAGUAUGAAGUCACAGAGUAUUGUGGUGUUCAAUACAGAAACAAAAAUGUGGGAGCCUGUGGUGAUAAAGCCAGACACUACUACACCACCUAGGAUGAUGUGGGUCAAGGGUUGGAUGGGAGUGAUGGCUGAUAAGAUAUACAUGAAGUACAAUGGGAACAAGCUUGUUUACGUGCCAAAGGAAAGUAAAUGGGAAACAGACCAUGUACUGAGUUCUAAGUACUAUGAUGGUGGUAGUGCGCAGAACCGGUCCUGA